AUGCGGGGAUCUUGUCUCAAAAACCUGUUCUUGUACCACCUUACAGUCAUCACAAGAACCCCAUCAACCUCAUUUCUGAUCCCUUCACCUUCUUCCCCAUUCCCUGCUCCCAAUUACGCUACAGUCACCAAAACCCUGGAAAAACAAUCCUUUACGGUGAGUUACCUCGUCAACAAUUGUGGGUUCCUCCCAGAUUCCGCUCUUCGAGCUUCGAAAUACGUCCUUUUAAAGAGUCCCGAGAAACCCGACUCAGUCAUUGCACUCUUCAGGAGCUUCGGUUUCUCAGAUUUGCAGAUUCACAAUGUCAUUCGGAGAUCACCCAAGGUUCUCGUCAGCAAACCCAAAGAGACCAUCUUACCCAAGCUCGAGUUCCUCAUCUCCAAAGGUGCUUCAAAAUCGCAACUUGCCCGCCUCAUCGAGCUCAACCCUCUAAUCUUGCAAAGAAGCUUAGAGAAACACCUGAUCCCCACUUUCGAUUUUUUGAACAAUUUCAUUCGUUCUGAAGAAAGGACCGUUGCUUCUAUCUUACGCGCUGUCCCAAUUUUAACUUGUUCUAAGACGCUUCGAAAUAUUAACAUGUUGGUUGAUUUAGGAGUCCGUGAGAUAAGCAUGUCAUGGCUGAUUCGCCAGUGGCCUUGGUUGAUUCUAUACGCUUCUGAAGUUCGCCUUAAGAGUAUAGUAGAUGAAGUCAUUAAAAUGGGGGUUGAUCCCAACAAGGCUAAUUUUGUUGCUGCAUUGUAUGCUAAGUUUCUUCCAAAGUCCAUGUGGGAUAAGAAAGUUGAGUUGUACAAGAGUUUUGGAUUAACUGAUGACAACAUUCGUGAGGCUUUUGUGAAGCACCCUUUCUGUAUGCUGAAAUCUGUGCAGAAAAUUGAGGCCUGCGUUGGAUUCUUUGUCAAAGAACUCGGUUGGGAGCCUGCUGAAGUAACCAAUAAUCCGGUUCUUCUCUCGCUGGAUUUGGACAAAAGGAUUGUUCCGAGGGCUGCUGUCAUGAAGAUUCUUAUCUCCAAUGGUGUCAUUAAGAGUGGCAGGCAUGCUUCUGCAUAUUAUGUUUCUGAAGAGGAGUUUUUUAAGAAGUAUGUUAAUCGUGACAAGGAUCAUGCUCCCGACUUAUUGACGCUGUAUCAUGAGAAAAUGAAUCUUCCAGUAAUGGAUAGUAAAUUGAUGUCUUGA